AUGAGGUCCGCGCCGACCCUGCUCUCCCAAGGCCGCUCGCUCCGGGUGCUGGUUCUGGCCACGCUCCUUAUUGACUCGCUUGGUGACGACUUAAUUUUUCUCCCCGAAUGGGGCUUUGACUCCUAUGAAAUCACCAUCCCCAAGAAGUUGAGCUUCCGGGCAGGGAAGCAGGGUGCAGCCAGUCCCUUGUCCUACCUCCUGCGAUUAAAAGGCAAGAAGCACGUCCUCCACCUGUGGCCCAAGCAGCUUCUCAUUCCACCGCAUCUGCGCGUCUUCUCCUUCACAGAAGUGGGAGAGCUGGUGGAGGACCAGCCGUAUAUGCCCAGGGACUGCGCCUACCUGGGCUCCGUGGAAGAGUCUGAGGAUUCUGAUGCCACCCUAAUUACCUGCAUGGGAGGUCUGCGAGGCGUGCUGAACAUUGAUGCGCAGCAGUACCAGAUGGAGCCCCUCAAGGACGCUCACCAUUUCGAACACGUCGUGUACCUCCUCAAGAGGGAGCAAUCCAGCAACCAGACCUGUGGCUUGACGGAUGACGUCGUAGAACAGCAGAUGCGGAGGCACAGGACUAAGGAUGCACUCAGGGACUAUUCUGAAUCCUACAAACACCAGAAGUAUUUGGAGUUGGUCAUGGUCUUUGAUCAGGGUAGAUAUAAAUUUGUGAACAGUAAUCUUUCUCAAGUCAUAAGUGAUGCCAUUCUUUUGACUGCAAUUAUGGACACUUACUUUCAAGAAAUCAAUGUGAGAAUAACGCUGAAAGCUCUUGAGGUAUGGACAGAUUUUAACAAAGUGUAUCUUGACUAUCCCACUUUAUCCGAAGUUUUAAGCAGAUUUUUGGUGUAUAGAAGAACCGAUCUAUAUCCUCGACUUCCUUCAGAUUGGACACAUUUGUAUGUCCACAGGAAGUACAGUGAUGCUCUUGCUUGGUCCUGGGGGAAAGUGUGUUCUAAAAUUGGCGCCGGAUCAGUAAGUACCUUUCUAGAUGAGAAUGUCCUUGGACCUGCCACCUGGACUACCCACGAAGUGGGCCAUGCUUUGGGAAUGCAGCAUGAUGAAGAAUAUUGCCAAUGCAAGGGUAGACGUAGUUGCAUCAUGGGGACAGGGCGUACUGGGUUUAGUAAUUGUAGUUACAUCUUUUAUAUUAAAUUCAUAUCUCUUGGCGCAAAUUGUCUAAAUAAUAUCCCAGGACUAGGUUAUGUGAUUAAGAGAUGUGGAAACAAAAUUCUGGAAGACCAUGAGGAGUGUGAUUGUGGUUCAAAAGAGGAAUGUCGAAAAGAUCUGUGCUGUGAACCAAAUUGUAAAUUGAAACAUGGUGCCAACUGUAGCAUUGGUCUUUGCUGUCACGCCUGUGGGUUUCGUCCAUCUGGAUAUGUGUGUAGGCAGGAAGAUAAUGAAUGUGAUCUUGCAGAGUACUGCAAUGGAACCUCAAGUUUCUGUCCAAAUGACACUUACAAGCAGGAUGGAACCCCUUGCAAAUACCAUGGCCUCUGUUUCAGAAAGGGGUGCCGGUCCAGAUUCAUGCAGUGCCAAAGCAUUUUUGGGCCUGACGCCAAGGAGGCUCCUGAUCAGUGCUACGAAGCAGUUAAUUUACAGGGAAAUCAAUAUGGUAACUGUGCAAUUAUAGGAGUUAGUAGCUAUAGAAAGUGUGAUAAGGAAAACUCCAUAUGUGGCAGGCUACAGUGCAUAAACGUAAAAAGCAUUCCUGAUUUGCCUGAACACACAACUUUAAUUUCCACUUAUCUGCAGCAAGAAAACCUCAUGUGCUGGGGCACGGGCUAUCACCUAUCCAUGGAACCCUUGGGGAUACCUGACCUGGGAGUGAUAAACGAUGGCACCUCCUGUGGGGAGGACCGGGUGUGCUUUAACAGAACUUGUGUCAAUAGCUCGAUCUUGAAGUUUGACUGUUUGCCUGAGAAGUGCAAUGGCCGGGGUGUUUGUAACAAUAAUAAAAACUGCCACUGCAUGUAUGGCUGGGCUCCUCCAUUCUGUGAGGAGAUGGGGAAUGGAGGGAGCAUUGACAGUGGGUCCCCAAGACGGACCAGAAAUGAUGUGUCUGCACCCGUUGAGGUUGUGUCCCUGAUGAUGUUGCGUGUGAUUUUAUUUGCUGGCUCAGUGGUUGCUGUAUUUUUCAGGCAAGUGUUAAUAAAAUGCUUUACACCCAACCUGGAAACACCAAUAAGUAAAAAACACAAGGGAAAGAAUAUCAGGAAAUCCACAAAAAAGAAACCAAAUGAUCCACAGUCGUUUGAUAGAUAA